AGGCCGAUUCAGAGCAGUUGGUGACUUCAAUUUGAGUUCUUCUUUCGUGUUGAGGCAUAACUCUGAGAAAGUCUUGAUAAUGCUGUUGUAUUUAACGUUUUGGAUAUGCUGCUACAACAUUGUGCAACAAACAGAUCUACAGGUGUCUGCUGGCAGCCCCGCACCGGGAUCCAAUUUCAGCAAUGACAGUGAUUUGAUACCGCGUCCCACAGCAGAUGGCGCGAACGUCAGCUGGACGCGAAACAACACCGGCUUUCCUACCGCAGAUUUGGGAGGGGAGGAGAGUGCGUUUGGAACUGGUCCAAACACAACAACACUUGGAGAAGCAUGGAACAUAACAGAGCCUCCUUUUGAAUUCGAAUGGGGCAAUGACACAACCAUUAGUCCAUCCGUAGAAAGUAAAAACGUUACAAGCACUCCUGGUCAUUCGGUCACCGAGACCCCAACAGAGUUAAGUGAAAAUUCUACGACCAGUACGACCAACGAGGCGACAUCUGCCGCUCAAACUGCAAACCCCGCGACCACGUCCAUGGAUGAAACUACCUCCAGGCCGGUGGAUGGAGGCGGAACGACGACUACUUCAGCCAACACAACUGAUGAUGAUAUACAAACAGCAAUCCCGCCCGAAAGAGGUCAUGGCAGCCCCGCACCCGGAGCCAAUUUCAGCACUGACAGUGAUUUGAUACCACGUCCCACAGCAGAUGGCGCGAACGUCAGCUGGACGCGAAACAACACCGGCUUUCCUACCGCAGAUGUGGGAGGGGAGGAGAGAGCGUUUGGAACUGGUCCAAACACAACAACACUUGGAGAAGCGUGGAACAUAACAGAGCCUCCUUUUGAAUUCGAAUGGGGCAAUGACACAACCAUUAGUCCAUCCGUAGAAAGUGAAAACGUUACAAGCACUCCUGGUCAUUCGGUCACCGAGACCCCAACAGAGUUGAGUGAAAAUUCUACAGAUAUCUCGGAAAAUACAACCACUGCAUCGUACAAUGUGACGGAUGUUUCCACAAGUACGACCAACGCAGCGACAUCUGCCGCUCAAACUGCAAACCCCGCGACCACUCCCAUGGAUGAAACUACCUCCAGGGCGUUGGAUGGAGACGGAACGACGACUACUUCAGCCAACACAACUGAUGAUGAUAUACAAGCAGCAAUCCCACCCGAAAGAGGUCAUGCGCUCCUUGUUAUUGUUAUAGCCGUCAUCAUCCCAGCGCUCCUCAUCAUCACAGUUGCAGGUAUCAUUAUCGUUAGGCGGCGAGUUAAGAGCACGUACUCGGUUCAGGAUGCGGUGGUUGAUAGUCAGAUGAGGGUCAUCAGGUCCAACAAGGUCGAUGCAGACUGGGAGUUACAGAUGAGGACCCAGUCCUAUUAUGGCCGCACAGAUCCUUAACUCUUAAGGGACUGGGAGUUACAGAUGAGAGCCCAGUCCUAUUAUGGCCGCACAGAUCCUAAACUCUUAAGGGACUGGGAGUUACAGAUGAGAUCCUAGUCCUAUUAUGGCCGCACAGAUCCUUGACUCCUUAGGGACUUGGAGUUACAGAUGAGGACCCAGUCCUAUUAUGGCGGCACAGAUCCUUAACUCGUAAGGGACUGGGAGUUACAGAUGAGGACCCAGUCCUAUUAUGGCCGCACAGAUCCUUAACUCGUAAGGGACUGGGAGUUACAGAUGAGGACCCAGUCCUAUUAUGGCCGCACAGAUCCUUAACUCUUAAGGGACUGGGAGUUACAUAUGAGGACCCAGUCCUAUUAUGGCCGCACAUAUCCUUAACUCUUAAGGGACUGGGAGUUACAGAUGAGGGCCCAUUCCUAUGUUUUAUGUUUCCAGUUUUAUGUUGAAUUGAAUCUGUAAUGUAAUGUACCAUAUCGAUAAAUUGUGUAAUUCGUGAAUAGAACAGACUGUGGUCAAAGGGUCACACCGUGGGACUCUUGUAUUAGUAUGUACAAAAUAUGCAUAGAUCAUGUGGAAAAGUUGCACUGAAGACAACCAAUGGUAAAAGAGGACCUGUGUGCAUAAUAGCAUUCCGCGAAGUUACUAUUUAUAGCUCACAAGGUCAUUUGCAUAAGAUAUUGAUGACGUUUUAGUCACGUGACAGUCGGACAUCGACACUUAUUUCUACGCAUUUGAGCUUAUUUCAAAGUCAAUUAUCUUUGACCCUGCAUUGUUUUUAGCAUGAAUGAUACCAUAGAGUCAGAGAGAGAAAUAUUCAGAACAAUCAUGUAGUAUUUCCAACACUCGGACAUGUGCCAGAUUGAAUCUAACUGCCCUUGUUAGAAAGCCUGAAUCCAUUACGAAACCGCAUGUUUGUCCGACAUUGCCUGUAAUUCAGCGAUGGGGAAAUAGAGGGCAGGAGCUGCAGUGACGUCAUCUUCGCGGAAUGCUAUUGUAGGCCUAUAGUCGAUAUAACACACGUAAUAAUCACCCGGAGUCAAAUAUCCAUUCGGAAGUUGAUACAUACUCGAUUUACAAUCAUGUACAACAAACACUAGAAAUGAUCA